UUACCAGUAGAGGGCGCUGUAUGGUCACAUGACACUCGCAGGGUGCAUGUAGCAGGGAAGUGCUCUGCAGAGAGGAAGACAAUCCAAGCCUCUAAACUUUCGGAAUGAGCUGAGUUAUUUUACAAAAAUGCAGACCAUCAUAAGUUAACGGAGGAAGGAACUUGGAGGUCUUCUUGGAUUGCUCCAGGUUCCCCCUGCCAUGGCAAAGUCCAAAAAAGGUAUGGACAGCCCGACGGACCCACCGAAAAGAGGCAGGAAGACCAAAUCCCUUGGUGCUGCUCCAAAAGCUAUUAAACAGAGUGAUCUAGACAGCACGAAGAGCACAGGGACCAGCUUUCAGCUACUCCCUGGCCAGACAUCCCUCAAGCUACCAGCUGAAAACAUCAUCUCAGGAAAUCAUGGCUCUAUCCAGCAAGAAAAACAAGGUGCUUCAGAAACACAGAGUUCUGAGUCUGGUAAUGCCGCCAAGAGCAUCCCCACUUUGUCCUCACCUGUAGCCAGACAGGAAGGGGAUGCCCAGAGAGGGCCGGAGGAGUUUAAAGCUGUGAAUCCUGCUCCGCAACGUUUGGCUUGGAAAACCAUGGUUAGACCAGCACCAGCUCCAUCUGCUCUGAAGACAAUGAACAGAGAGAAGAGUGUGUAUGAGAGAGACACGGAGUCCUCGCCAACACAGCAUAUCAGUUUACCUCAGGAACUCAAAGACUCAACACAAACAGCCUCCAAGAAGAAGAAAAGAAAAAUGGGCUUAUAUAAUUUUGUUCCCAAAAAGAAACCAAAAGUGUCCAAGAAACCGAAUGUCUCGUUGUCCUCUUCAAAUGAGCAGAAGAAUUCACGUACAGCUGGCUCCAAAGGUGGGCAGAUGUCCAUUGAAGAGGCAUUCAAAAAUAGAGUUAGUUCUGAGAAACCAGAGAAGCAGAUUUCAGCGGCUGAGAAUGAAACUGCAGCAGAACCGCAUAAGAACAAGGAACCGGAGGACCUUCCACAAGACCACGCUGAAGAAUACACCGAGCUGCCUCUGCAUGCUCUGGCUCAUGAAAGCAUGUUCAUGGCAGUCCCCACAGGUUUGCCGGAGGAUAAAGAGAACAUGGAGGCUGAUGACACGUUGGAACCUCCACUGUGUAGCUGUCGCAUGGAGGCUCCGAAGAACCAGGAUGUAGUAGCUCUUGCUGAGGGGAAGUGCAUGGCUGUAGAGAGUGUUGAUGGAAAGUUGAGUUUAUGUCGGAAGGUGAUUCUGAAGCAGGAAAUGAUGCGUCCCUCUCUGAGGAUUCCGUUGCUGGUGUUGUGCGAGGAUCAUCGUGCAGGCAUGGUGAAACACCAGAGCUGCCCGGGCUGUGGUUUCUUCUGCAGGGCUGGGACGUUUAUGGAAUGUCAGCCAGAUGGGAACAUCUCUCACCGCUUUCACCGGAGCUGCGCCUCUCUGAUCAGAGGUCAGGUCUACUGCCCUCACUGCGGCGAGGAGGCUAGUCAUGCUAAGGAGGUCACGAUCCCCAAACCAGACUGUGCAGUGCCAACAGCCGCUGUGCCCGCACACAAAAGAGACACCGCCUUAAUGGACAGGGCUAAAUUGGACUCUGUAACUGUUGGUGGAGUGAUAGACCCUGCUAAAGAAUCACUGGAAAGUGUUUUAGAUGCUCUCGAGGAUGGGAAGUAUAAGAAAUUCAAGCUGCCCCCAAAGCAGCUUUACUUCUCUGCAAAGAGAGGAGAGCUCCAGAGGAUCCUGCAUAUGCUGGUGGAAGGUGUGGACCCAAAUUUGCGGAUGGACGGUGAGAAGAGGAAGACUUCCUUGCAUUGUGCUGCUGAGGAGGGACAUAAAGAGAUCUGCCAUAUACUAGUGCAGGCUGGUGCGAACCUGGACAUGUGUGAUGUGGACCAGAGGACUCCUCUGAUGUAUGCCUGUGAGAACAAUCAUCUAGAAACAGUGAAAUACUUACUGAAAGCUGGUGCUUCUACUGGGCAUAAGGAUAUGAGAGGCUCUACAUGUCUUCACUUGGCAGCCAGAAGAGGACACACAGGUGUGCUGCAGUAUCUUGUUUCCAUGCCAUCCAUAGACGUCAACUGUAAGGAUGAUGGCGGGUGGGCUCCUCUUACCUGGGCAACUGAGAACAUGAAUCUAGAGCAGGUGAAGAUGCUGAUCUCAGCGGGAGCUGAUGUCCAAAUAAGAGAUAAGGAGGAGAAUGUCUGCCUCCACUGGGCAGCAUUCUCUGGCUGUGAUGAGAUCGCUCAGCUGUUGCUUGACAAGAGAUCUGACCUACAUGCUGUGAACAUCCAUGGAGACUCACCGCUCCACAUUGCUGUCAGACAGAACCAGCUGGACUGUGUAAUGCUGUUUCUGUCUCGAGGAGCAGAUGUAAAUCUGAAAAACAAGGACGGUGAGACUCCUUUGGAGUGCUGUAGUAUAAAUUCCAAGAUGUGGACUAUCCUCAACACCAAUAAGAAGCUGACAGACGCUAGGAGAGGCAGAGACAGCUUAAGAGAAAGACUCCUCUGCAGAGAUGUGUCCCGAGGCUAUGAGGACGUCCCUGUGCCGUGUGUGAAUGGGAUGGACCAUGAGCCAUGUCCCAGCAACUUCAAAUACAUUCCAGAGAACUGCUUUACCUCUCAAGUGAAUAUAGACGAGAACAUAACACACUUACAGCACUGCAGUUGUAAAGAUGACUGUGCAUCAAGCAGCUGUAUCUGUGGCCAGCUCAGCAUGCGCUGUUGGUAUGACAAGGAUGGCCGCUUGUUGAAGGAGUUCUCCAGGGAUGAUCCACCCUUCCUGUUUGAGUGUAACCAUGCCUGUUCCUGUUGGAGAACGUGCCGAAAUAGAGUGAUACAGAAUGGCCUUCGGAUCAGACUGCAGGUGUUUAGGACUGAGAAGAUGGGCUGGGGGGUCAGAGCACUGCAGGAUAUUCCUGAGGGAACUUUCGUAUGCGAGUUUGCAGGUGAAAUUAUUUCAGAUGGGGAAGCUAAUGUUCGGGAAAAUGACUCGUACAUGUUUAACCUAGACAAUAAGGCUGGAGAGGUCUACUGCAUUGAUGCCCAGUUUUAUGGUAAUGUUAGUAGGUUUAUGAAUCACCUUUGUGAACCCAAUCUAUUCCCGGUGCGGGUGUUCACCAAACACCAGGACAUGCGCUUUCCUCGAAUUGCACUCUAUGCAAGCAAGGCUAUUCAAGCUGGAGACGAGCUUGGGUUUGACUAUGGUGAUCCCUACUGGCAAAUCAAGAAAAAGUACUUCCGUUGUCAGUGCGGCUCUUCAAGAUGUAGAUACUCUGAGACUGUUCAAGGCCAGAACCAUGCAGACAGCUCAGUGCAAGCGCUCGGUGAUCAGACCGUUGCUCAGGUGGAGCACAUCCAGUCAGCUAACACAGCUAUAGCAAUAACUCAGCCCUGAGCCCUGCACACGUACAACAAGAUAUGCGGAGACCUUUUACGUAUAAAUAUGGCUAGAAGUGCAAAGCAUCAUUUCCUGAAUCUUAGCUCCAAGGAAGGACAAUUUAUGCAGAGAUACAGCAUCAUUUAUUAUUAUCAACAUGCUGUUGAUGGCGUUUGUAAAAAGACUUUUAAUCAAAGGUGUUUUGGGCCUUUUUAUUUUAAAUCUGAAUGCAUGUCUCACAAAGUUUUUAUCAUAGGAUGAUGGCGAGGCUCGAUAAUUGUAUGAGAUAUAGGCACUAGCAUAUUAAACUUUUAUACAUUUUUAAGCAUCAACUAUUAUAUACUUGGUAUAAAAAAACAGGGUUUUUAGUUGAUUAUCAUAAGCAAAAAAGAAAGUAGUAUUAGAACAGAAGGACAAGCUCUGCUGGCUUUUUUUUUACUCCAUGUCCUCAGGAGCAAAGAUCAGGGCUGUUUUCUAAUCAGUUUUUCCAUGUAUUGAAAUUUCACUAGGAAAUGGUUACAGAAUUCUAAAUAUCAUGCCUCUGAAAAAUAAAGCUUUUAGUGAUUGUU